AUGUCAAAAAAACCACACAGUGGUAAAUCACCACACAAAUGGACUGGUUACUUCUAUAUUUCGAAUGAAAAACAGAAUAAAACAUAUAAGACUGCUAAAUGUUUAGCUUGUAUUAAUGCUAAUGAUCCAUCAUUGAUAGUUGAAGAAAUGAAUAAUAAGAGAGAAAAAUGUCGAAACCAUUUAAGAGAUUGUUUACGAUUUAAGGCUCAAUUUAAUGAAGAAGAAUGGGCUUCUAUAUAUGCUAGCAUUCUUCAAGAACAAGAAGAUGAUCAUUAUGAUGAUAAUCAAGAUGCAACUUCAUUAGUUUCUACACUACCAAGUAUUGAUUCAACAAGAUCUUUAUCUACACAAUUUACACAACCUACACAACCUACUUUUACUGAUACUCAACCAAGUAAUGAUAGUAUUCUUUUUUAUAUGCCUCGACAACUUACCACCGAAAGUACUAAACAUUGGUAUAAUCUUGUAUUAAGAGCUACUGUAUCUUGUGAUGAAUCUCGUUCAAUAAGUGAAAAUGAAGCAAGUGAAAAUGAUGAGGAUCAAGCAUCAUCAGAAGAUAUAAAGUUAACAUGGAGAACAACAAUUCAACAUUGGAUUGUCUUGGUGAAUGAAGAAAUAAGUGAUGAUAUUGAUCAAGACAAUUAUAAUAUAAUUUUUAAUAUUCCAACAUCCGAAGGUGUACACCCUGCAUAUGAUCAAAAUUCAAAAUGGCGUUUAUCUGAAUUAUUUUCAGAAGGAUAA